AUGACGAACAAUAUCUGUGAAAUUAAUACCAUUUGUCGGCUCUGUUUGUGCGACGACAAUGAUGUUUUAUUUCCGAUGUCCUGCUUAACCGAAUCUUCAAUAACUGAGGAAGAUAUAGAACGAUUUACCGGCCUUGAGUUAUUCCGAGAAGAAAAUGUAUGCUACACGAUUUGUAUCGACUGCGCUAACAAGCUGAAAAAGUGCGUCUUGUUUCGCACAGUGUGCUUGAGCAAUGAUGCUCAAUUUAGACGGAUUUUCACGGGUAAUAGUAGAGAAUGUUUCCGCAAAGAAAACGAUAGUGCAACCGCGGAAUCACCGGUAGAGCAGUAUGAAUCGUCUAUAGAAUUCGAGAUAGUGGAUAUAAAAAACGUUCAUAAAAUAGAAGAUUCGUCAGCAGAUGAAAAUGACGAAGAAUCCAAUGUGGAGUUUGAAUUGGGAGAACCGCCGGAUGAUGAUGCUAGCGGCGAUGAUGGAUUCGAUGCCAAAUGUGAGCAGCAUAGCGAUGCACUUACGUAUAAUGAGCUGAACAAAUCCAUUGAAGACGAUGACGAUACCAAAAGCGCCAUUCAAAACAUUGAGGAACAAUAUGAAAAGAUUUCGCCGCGUAAGCUUGCAAGAAGUAAGCCUUCUGUUAAUCCAAAAAGCACAAGAUCAAAGACUGUUCGUAAGUAUCGCCGCUGUGACACCUGCGGGAAGAUGGUAUCGGAUUUGAAAAGUCAUUUGCUAAGGCAUACGAAGGAAAAGAAAUUCGCUUGCCCUUACUGUCCACACAAAAUGAGUAUGCGAUCCAACUUAAACAUACAUAUCAAGGCUGUUCAUCUGAAGGAAAUUUGCAAAACAUGUGAAAUAUGUGGAUCAGGAUUUGUUAAUUACAACUCCUACAAGAACCAUAUGGCCUCUCAGCACAGCGCCGGCGAAUAUGAAUGUAAAAAUUGUUCGAAGAAGUUCACGCACAUACGUACUUACAAUAUCCAUGUACGGCGGUACCACAAAACGGAUUGCAUAAAAAAGAAGCCAAAGCAACUCUGUGGCACUUGUGGCGCCAUGGUGACCAAUAUCGCUACGCACAUGCAAACUCACACGCAAGAGAAAAAGUAUCCUUGUCCCCACUGUCCGAUCGAAAUGGUGGAUCGUACCAACUUGACCCGUCAUGUGCAUUCGGUGCACUUGCAGCGGGAGGUGAAAUCGUGCGAUUUAUGCAACAUAGGAUUCAAGUAUCCUAGUUCUCACAGAUCUCACAUGCUCAGGGUCCAUGGAAUCGGUAACACAUUUGAUUGCAGUGAAUGUUCAAAGAAGUUCAACCAUCGAAGUGGAUUACGAAGCCACACGGCACGUGUUCACAGCAAUGAGCGAAAGUACGAUUGUGAAACGUGUGGGAAACUGUUUAAGGUGAAGUCGAGCCUGGUAAAGCAUCAACUGGUUCACUCGACAGAGCAACCUUAUGCAUGCAAUCAAUGUCCCAAACGAUUUAAGAGCAGACACGGUCGAAAUUCCCAUCAGCUGACCCACAGCGGGAUUGUUUUCCCAUGUCCACACUGUGAAAAAUCCUAUCGGUACAAAGACGUGCUAAGUAUUCACAUCCGACAAAAUCAUCCAGAAGCGAAGAAAGUCAAUCUGUAGCAACUCAAAGGCUGAUCUGCUAAGAGAUAGUGGUAGGUUGAUAUUCGGAGGAACCGCUCCUUUAACAAAGCUUGUAUAACGCCAGACCACGUAGUACAAUGCAAGACAUGUUGAAGACAGUUGUCUACGUGAGAAAAUGUGUCUGAGUCUCCUUCGUACCGAAACUUUACACCCCGAAUAUUACCCAAAAUUCUGAGAAAAAUUCUCUACCGAAAACAUCCAUCCUGACUAACAAAGUUGGGACUGUAUAUAAGUUAUAUGGUUGCUAAUACAACUGGAACAUGAUCUUUGUUCAAAGUUGACGAAACUCUCUUAGGGCCGAGAGGAACAUGCUUAGAAGUAUUUUAGGUUACGUAUGUGUGGAACAAUCAGAAAAUCUGACUCACCUGGCAUAAUUCUAAUGGGCUGAUAAUGUCUUUCCAAUGGUACUGGACGUCUCAGUUCGUAAAGUCCUUUUGGGUAGCCCGUCCACAUGGACAGUGUUAGGUCCAAAUGAAAACGGAGUGAUGGCGUCGAAGCAUUCGUCAGAAACCAGGCAGACGAAGCACACUCGACCGUGGGCUGUUUAGAGGAUUCCUGCAUCAGGCCGAGAUACGCUUUACUAUACGUAAGUAAUACGUACCUAA